CCAGCUGGUUACGUCCCAUUCAGCUCUGUGUUACGCUCUUUGUAAAGAUGUGGGGCUUAACGGGCGUGUAUGAUACCUCUGUUUGAAAAUAUAUUUAUUUACUAACACAUAUUAAGUGGUUUAAUAGGGUGCUGUUAACUUUACAAAUUAAAAAUCGAUUUCAAACCACGGUAAAGGAUGGAAGGAGGUUUCAUGAAAGGGUGAAGUAUUUCAGAAUGGGACGCUUCCAAAUGAAUUCUAGCCGCUCUGCUAAUCACGACACCGCAACAAGGAAAAAGUGGUAAAGAGGACUAGGACUAGGAGACGACUAAAUUGCAUUUUAAACCGCGUCAGACGAGGAAAACAGGGAAGUGAAUAAAAAAGGGAGCCUCUUCGCUGUUUAGUGCACUUCAUACUUGACCAGCAGCAGCAGGCUCUCACGGACACCAUGGUUCCUGCUCCACUUAGACAUACGGGAGUGAGGAGUCGCUUCUACUGAGCAGCUAUGAGCAGUGUGCGGUAGUGUGCGGUAGACGAGCGUACAGGAGGCUGCGUGGCUCACUAGAACCAACUCAGUGUUUCUAUUGUGUGAAAGCCAGCUGUCCAGAAGAUGGGGCAUCCUCCUCUGGAGUUCAGCGACUGCUAUCUGGACAGUCCGGAGUUCAGAGAGACUCUCAAGUGCUAUGAAGUGGAGCUGGAGAGGACCAGCAAGUUCCUCAAAGAGUUGAUCAAAGAUGGCAACAGUGUGAUCACUACUAUCAAAGGCUAUUCUCUGGCAGUUCAGAAGUUCUCCCAGACUCUCAGCAUGUUCCAGUACGACGUCAUCGGUGACUCCCUAACAGAUGAUGAGAUAAACAUCGCUCAGUCGUUCCAGGAGUUUGCCGGACUCCUGCAGGAAGUGGAGCACGACAGAAUGAUGCUGGUUCAGAACGCCUCUGAUCUGCUUAUCAAGCCGUUGGAGAAGUUCAGAAAGGAGCAAAUAGGACUUACAAAAGAAAAGAAAAAGAAGUUCGAGAAAGAGAGUGAGAAAUAUCACUCCCAGGUCGACAAACACCUGAAUCUCUCUGCCAAGAAGAAAGAGAGUCAACUUCAAGAGGCUGAUGACCUCCUUGACAGAGAGCGAGUGAACUUCUAUGAAUCGUCGGUGGAGUACGUGUACCAGAUCCAUCAGGUGCAGGACAGGAAGAAGUUUGAUGUGGUGGAGCCGGUGCUGGCGUUUCUUCACAGCAUUCUGACGCUCAACAACCUGACGGUGGAGAUGACUCAGGACUUCAUGCCUUACAAGCAAGAGCUGCAGCUCAGCUUGCAGAACACGAGAAACAACUACGAGAGCACUCGCGAGGAGAUGGAGGAGCUGAUGAAGAGAAUGAAACACCCAUCUCAGAUCUGUAAAAUGCACAGUUUUCUGCCCAUGGAGGGUUAUCUGUACUGUCAGGAGAAAUGGGCUUUGGGUGUGUCAUGGGUCAAAUAUUACUGCAAGUAUCACAAGGAGGGGAGACAGCUGGUCAUGGUGCCAUGUGAACAGAAGCCUACAACGAAACAGGGCCCUACGCAGCUGACGCUGAAAUCCUGCUUCCGCCGCAAGACGGAGUCCAUAGACAAGCGCUUUUGCUUUGACGUGGAAACUAGCGAGAGAAACGCGCCCGUCACUUUCCAAGCUCUAUCGGAGGGAGACAGGAAGUUGUGGAUGGAGGCCAUGGAUGGAAAAGAGCCUAUCUAUCAUUCCCCAAUUCACAAGCAAGCUGAAAUGGAACUGAAUGAAAUUGGAUUCAAGUUUGUGCGAAAGUGCAUCAACUACAUCGAAACAAAAGGAGUCACACAAGAAGGAGUGUACAGAACAGUUGGCAGCAACAUCCAAGUGCAGAAGCUUUUAAAUGCCUUCUUUGACCCCACACAUCCAGGAGAUGCGGAUUUCCACAGCAGCGAUGUGGACGUUAAAACCAUCACAAGUGCAAUGAAGUUUUAUCUCAGGAGCUUGUCUGAACCUCUGAUGACCUACAACCUACACAGAGACCUCAUGUGUGCUGCAAAGUCAGAUAAUCUGGACUUUCGACUGAGCGAGAUUCAUUCUCUUUCCUACAAACUACCAGAGAAGAAUCGGGAGAUGGUGGAGAUGCUUAUUAAACACUUGGUCAAUGUGUGCAGUCACAGUGAAGAAAAUCGGAUGACCCCUUCAAACAUGGCGGUUAUCUUUGGACCCACACUGAUGAGAGCAAAGGAGGAGACGGUGGCGGCCAUGUUGGAUAUCAAGUUCCAAAAUAUUGUCGUCGAGAUUCUGAUUGAGGACUCCAAAAAGAUCUUCAGUUAUAUGCCAGAGGACAGCACUGCCCCACCUGUCCCUCCUCCGCGAAUCACCCCGAGAAAGCGGCAGCCCAUCACCAUAUCCAAGCGGCCACCUCGUGUUUAUCCAGCUCUUAGUCACCACUUCCACACAGAGAAUGGCCAGAACGACAGCUCUGUCGUGGACGGGGAAGUCUCAACGAACCCCGUUCCCCUGCAGCGGACAAAACCUGUAAGCUUUCCUCCACUCGUUCCAAGAGAACCUCCUCCAAGACUAGCAUUGAUACCCAAACCAUCUAUCCGUCGGGACGGAGACUCCGACGCUGGCAAGAUAGACGAUAUAAGGCAAAGGCCAGACUUUUCUUCAGCGGCAAAUGGGGAGUCUGGAAUCUAUGUGAGCCGAGUACCGUCCUUCCAGGGCAGAAGACCACCUCCUAAAGGCACACCAGCCAACAGAGAAGGAGAUUCAGACGGUCUGACCAGAACGAGGUCCUCAGAGAAACAUGUUAUUUGUAGACCUCCUGUCAGGCCUCCUGAGCCGCCCUCCAGAUACCCCGCUCCACAAAAGAGCCCGAUUGCAGCCAGCAGCGAGAGCACAGCCACAUCCUAUGUUGCCUCUAAAGCAAAGUUUUUUGAGAAUGCCUCCAGGAACGUUGGCAGUCCACCGGCCUCACCGUCAGCAACAAGAAGGUCAACUGUAAAAAAAGAGAAUUAAUGUGACCACCACAUGUUAGCUCUACAUGGUCUGCUGGGUGCUGAUCCAGCUGGAGGGAGUCACCAUCAAUGAUCUUAUCGGACAGACUGAACAAGUGGCUCUCAGUAGAACUGAAUGGAUGUAUUUGAUUCCAUUUGGUUUUUAAUUGUAAGAAUGAUGUUGUAAGGCAACACGGUAGCAGAUGGACUUUUGAAUGAGGUCGCAAAGUAGCUAAUUGUCUCAGUGUUUGAUUAUUCCAAAGUUUGGAUGGAGUAACAGUACUAUUUCCCCCUUGUUUCAUGCCAAUUGACAAUUUUGUCAAAUAAUAUUACAACAUUUAGUCUCUUUAAGGUGUUAAAACAUUUGAAUGGCCAAUUUUAUUUGAGGGAACUAACUACCAUAACUGGUUAUAACAGCUUAUUUAAAUCUCUUCUACACUCGUAACAC